AUGCCAUACGCCGACAACCUGUACUCAAUGAGCGACGACUCAGAGGGCGACGACUUUGCGGAUCAGCUGUCACCCUCAGACGGCUACUUCGCCUCGUCCUCGUCCAAUGCCAUACCCAGUAUACCCAACGUGAUGGUCCCUGACCCCACGCUCGCGCAACAUUCAGAGACGAGCGCUGAAUCGAAAGCUCGAGAGGCGAACGAGGAGGGACUCUUAAAUACCCAAAGGCACCAAGACCGCCGUCCUGCGGAACCUGUCUCUUCUCGGGAAUCUGGUCGAUCGGAGCAGGCUACAGUUGUUUCUUCCUUCGUCUCACCAUUACGAUACCAUCCUCCCAUUACGUAUCCGCAGACGUCAGCGCCGCCGACGCCCUUACGAACACUCCCGACCCGUGGACGUACACCUUCCGUGUACUCUGACGCGCCACCAGCGUACACUCCCUCGCCUACCUCUGCACUCUCCCCUGCGACCGCCACUCAGCAGACACAGCCGAGAAACUACAGCACCUUCACCAGCACCAUGGGCGUGUCGGAAGUGGAAAAUGAGAGGCUGCUUGGGUUGAACGCCGAGAGCAUGAGCCACCCAGGUGACGAGGAGGCCGGCACCCCAGCCUGGAGCAGACGUGUAAGGAGACGGCUGCCUGCAUGGUUCAACUGGCGGCUUGGGCUGCUUGCUCUGAUCAUCCUGGCUGUGUCAGUUGGAUUUCUCGUCAGUUCUGUCCGGCCAGUCAAAGACGACAACAAAACAACCAUCCGGCCGGCCGAGCCAGUCGAGCAGCAGCCAGUGGAGAAAGAGCCCCAGGAUCCGGAAGAGCCCAAUGCCCCUGAUACGUCUGCGCCUGCCACAUCCUUCGUGCCCACAUACUGCGAGGGUGCCCAGCAUCGCUUCAACGACCAGAUUCUGGCCCUCAACUUUGACAAGAGCCAGAACGUCACCUUCCUCCAGGACCACCACCACCGUCGACAUGCCGGCAAGUUUCAAGUGCUCGUUGGCGGACAGGUUGAUGUCAGACGGCUGGACGGCGGCGGCGACCCGCGUGUGGUGCUCGAGAUCGCCACCAACGAUCCGGAAUUGCUACUCGACGUUGUUGCCGAUGGAGAGCUUCAGGUCAUGAAAGUGAGCGUCCCCAGGAAAUACGAUUCAACGGUCGAGGGGCAGAUGCCGUGUGUCGAAAUGAAAGCCACCAUCUGGGUGCCCGAAAGUGCAGAUGUCGGGGUGCUCACAAUCGGCGUAAUCCAUCUUGAUAUUAUGCUUCUCGACGACCUGUCUCUCCGUGUGGCAGAUUACACUAGAGUCUCUUCGGUCACCGGCGACAUUACCUCGGGAGCUAGCCAGCCAGCAUCGUACGAGAAACCCGGCAUUGUAUCGAAUACCGCCCCGGACUACACGUUCGUGCCGGCGAAGGAGUCGUAUUCGCUCGAUUCUCGAGUCAUCGAAGUUACCACCACGUCGGGAAACAUCGGUGGCAACUGGCCCUUAAAUGAUAUGCUCGGACUGCACUCCACAUCUGGCGACAUCAAAGUCAGCAUUACGCCCAAGGAAGAGCUAAAGUCGGACCCCAAGUCCGCCGUCCUGUCAUUGAGCUCCAUUUCAGGCGCCGUCCAUGCCACGGAGCCGGUCCAUGAUAUUGAGCAGAUCCCACUGCGCGACUACCUCGUGGACAUCAACGACAUUGCGCUCGACUUGCUGCCCGUCAUCAACCAAGCCAAGAUCUCGCCAAAGGUACCUGCUCAGCUGGAGACAGCCACGACAAGCGGUACCACCGCCGUGCGCGUGCUCGAGCCAAUCUGGUUCGGAAGCACGGGGGACGACCAGGCAGCCACGGUUUCCGAAGGCCUGGGCGACGGCGAGCUGCUGGCCGAGUCGAUCUCGCGGUCGUUCAACUGCCUCCAGGCUCUGCACAAGUCUACCAGCGGAGACAUCGGGCUCCGCUAUCCGCAGGCGUGGGAGGGCGGCCUCUCCGCCGCGACGACUAGCGGCGAGCUCAAGGUCAGGGGCAAGGACGUCAAGAUUGUGAAAUCCAAGGGCGGUUGGGCAGGGCACAAGAUGGAAGCGAGGAAGGGGCCGGCUGGGGUGGGGUCGACCAUCCAGGUUCAUGCGUUGAUGGGCACAUUGGAUGCCAUCAUUGGGGACGAACGGUGA